UCCAGGAAGUUCCCGCUCGCUGCUAAGCUGUCAAACGCGGAAUCCAGGCAGAUAUCAGUUCACAUUAACGGACAGUAAACCCCGAAAUAAACCACAGCAUCGCGCAGGACAAUGGGAUGGAAUACAUCCGGAACCUGAGCAUCGCGGAUCUGUGUUUGGCGAGAUUUAAGGGCGAAAUAUGAAAGCUACAUACUAGCCAACUGCUCAUGACACAUUAACAACACAACAGAACACAAGAGUUUCAGUGUUUCCUUACUUCUUUUUGGACACGGGACUCAAGAAGGAUGGAGUGGGACAAUUCUGGGACAUUUGACAAGAGUCAAGCUGGUUAACAGAGACGUCAACCAUCUAUAUAACUGUUGUGUAGCAGUGGAUUUCUUAUAUUCUGUUUGUUAACUAUUGUUCUGUCAACUGCCAGCAGAUUAUACAGUGGUCAGGGUGUUUUAUUUUCUGUCUUAUCAUUUUGGGUGAUUUAUCUACGUGUGUUUGGUCGACCAGAAGAGCUCCAGUAUGCAUGACGCAUACGAACCAGUUCCUAUCCUGGAGAAAUUACCCCUCCAGAUUGACUGUCUGGCGACCUGGGAUGAUUGGCUCCUUGUGGGGACCAAACCAGGCCAUCUCCUUCUGUACAGGGUCAAGAAAGAUGCAGGUACAAACAGGUUUGAAGUUACUUUAGAGAAAUCCAAUAAGAACUUCUCAAAGAAGAUCCAGCAGCUUUUUGUGGUGUCACAGUACAAGAUUUUGGUUAGUCUGUUGGAAAAUAACAUCCACGUUCACGACCUGCUCACGUUCCAGCAGAUAACUGUGGUGUCCAAAGCCAGAGGGGCCACACUGUUUGCCUGUGACCUGCAGCAGUCCAGCUCUGGCGAGGCCAAACUGCGCAUGUGUGUUGCAGUCAAGAGGAAAAUUCAGCUGUAUUACUGGAAGGACAGAGAUUUCCAUGAAUUACAGGGGGAUGUCACCGCUCCAGACAUUCCCAAGUCCAUGGCUUGGUGUGAGAACUCCAUAUGUGUGGGUUUCAAACGAGACUACUAUCUGAUCCGGAUGGACGGACGUGGCACAGUCAAAGAACUGUUUCCCACAGGGAAACAGCUGGAACCAUUGGUGGCCCCGCUGGCUGAUGGGAAGGUCGCAGUGGGUCAGGAUGACCUCACGGUUGUUUUAAACGAAGAAGGCGUCUGCACUCAGAAAUGUGCCCUUAACUGGACGGACAUUCCUGUUGCAAUGGAGCACCAGCCACCGUACAUCAUCGCAGUGCUGCCACGCUAUGUGGAGAUCCGCACGCUUGAGCCCAGACUGCUGGUGCAGAGCGUAGAACUGCAGAGACCGCGCUUCAUCACCUCCGCUGGAUCAAAUGUCGUGUACGUCGCGAGCAAUCAUUUUGUUUGGCGUCUGGUGCCCAUCUCUAUAGCCAGCCAGAUACGACAGCUGCUACAGGACAAACAGUUUGAACUGGCACUUCAACUAGCGAAAAUGAAGGAUGAUUCAGAUGCAGACAAGAGACAACAGAUCCAUCACAUUCAGAACCUGUUUGCCUUCAACUUGUACUGUCAGAAACGCUUUGACGACUCCAUGCAGGUGUUUGCUAAGUUAGGCACAGAUCCCACUCAUGUUAUUGGACUGUAUCCAGACCUGCUUCCCUCUGACUACCGCAAACAGCUGCACUACCCCAACCCUCUGCCCACACUGUCUGGAGCCGAGCUGGAGAAAGCCCACCUGGCCCUCAUAGACUACCUGACACAGAAACGCAGUCAUUUAGUGAAGCAGCUGAAUGACUCGGACCCCUUCACCACCUCCCCUCUCAUGGAGGGGACCCCCACCAUCAAGAGCCGCAAGAAGCUCCUUCAGAUCAUCGACACCACUCUGCUUAAAUGUUACCUCCACACGAAUGUAGCUUUGGUGUCGCCUCUCCUGCGUCUGGAGAACAACCACUGUCACAUAGAGGAGAGCGAGUAUGUGCUGAAGAAAGCCCACAAAUACAGCGAACUCAUCAUCCUCUAUGAGAAAAAAGGCCUUCACCAGAAAGCUCUGCAGGUUCUGCUGGAUCAGUCCACUAAAGCCAACUCUCCUCUGAAGGGUCAUGAGAGGACUGUACAGUAUCUUCAGAGGCUGGGUGUGGAGAACCUGGGCAUGAUAUUUGAGUUUUCACCGUGGGUUCUGAAGAUUUGUCCAGAGGAUGGACUGAAGAUCUUCACUGAGGACCUGACGGAGGUGGAGACUCUGCCCAGAGAUAAAGUGUUGAACUUCCUGAAGGACGGCUUCAAGGAUCUGGCCAUCCCGUACCUGGAGCACAUCAUUUACAUGUGGGACGAGACACGCCCCGAGUUCCACAAUGUUCUGAUCCAGCUCUACCUGGAGAAGGUGCAAGGCCUCAUGAAAGUGUACCUCAACUCACUGCCUGAAGGUGUUCCAGCUGUAGCUGCAGGAAAGGAAUCAGGAGAGCUGGGAGAGUACAGGAACAAGCUUCUGUCGUUUCUGGAAGUUUCCAGCAGCUAUGAGCCAGAGAGACUCAUCAGUGAUUUCCCAUUUGAUGGUCUGUUGGAGGAGAGGGCUCUUCUGCUAGGUCGUAUGGGGAAACAUGAGCAGGCUCUCUUCAUCUACGUUCACAUUCUGAAAGACACGCAUAUGGCUGAAGAAAGGCCAAAUAAAGUGUAUCUGUCCCUGCUGCGCAUGUAUCUGUCUCCUCCGGAUGUGCACUUCCUCGGGCCCAUUAAGAUGGAGUUAUGUGAGCCACAGGCGAACCUCCAGGCAGCCCUGAAAGUUCUUCAGCUCCACCACAGCAAACUAAACACCACCAAAGCCAUAAACCUGCUGCCAGCCAACACACAGAUCCGAGAGAUCCAGGUCUUUCUGGAGAGUGUGCUGGAGGAGAAGGCUGGGAGGAAGCGCUUUGACCAGGUCCUGAAGAGCCUCCUUCAGGCCGAGUUCCUGCGGGUGUAUCUGUCCCUGCUGCGCAUGUAUCUGUCUCCUCCGGAUGUGCACUUCCUCGGGCCCAUUAAGAUGGAGUUAUGUGAGCCACAGGCGAACCUCCAGGCAGCCCUGAAAGUUCUUCAGCUCCACCACAGCAAACUAAACACCACCAAAGCCAUAAACCUGCUGCCAGCCAACACACAGAUCCGAGAGAUCCAGGUCUUUCUGGAGAGUGUGCUGGAGGAGAAGGCUGGGAGGAAGCGCUUUGACCAGGUCCUGAAGAGCCUCCUUCAGGCCGAGUUCCUGCGGGUGCAGGAGGAACGCAUCUUUCACCAGCAGGUGAAGUGUGUCAUCACAGAUGAGAAAACCUGCAGAGUGUGCAAGAAGAAGAUCGGAAACAGUGCCUUUGCCAGGUAUCCAAACGGAGUGGUGGUUCACUACUUCUGCUGUAAAGAUCGCAGCGUGUGUCCAGCGGAGUAGUCAAGCCUGCAGUCCGGAGACGCCGGAAACACCAAACACACUGAGCACAGAGAGCUCGGCAAACGUGACGCGUCUGUGUGAAAACGCCAACGAAGGAAACCACUCUCUCUUUCUAUUUCUCUCACUCUUUCCAGUGGAAUGGAAAAGCCGACACGUCUGUCUGAUGAAAAUAAAUCAACUUCCAAAGUAAAAAAAAACUAUGGACAGUGAGACUAAAUUCAGAUUUGUAAAGUGUAUUACUUUGAAAGCUUUGCCUGAAUGCACAACACAGACCCUGGCGUCUCUCUUUCCCCUGAGAAGCACUUAUUCCCUCACAUCCCACCUUUUCUUCUUUGCGUACAGUGCAGCUUUUCAUUCAACAUGACGCUUUGUCCAAUGCCUUUAGUGGCGAGGAAAGGCCUGUGUUUAUGUGCACCUUCAGGUGUUCAGGACUGUUACUCUGAGCUGCUCUGCUUCACUCUGUUAGCCUGAGAUGAAAUCAGACUCCAGAUAAAAACCUUAAUGUGGCCCCUCUACAGAAAGGUCAGCACUGGCGCGCACACUGCAGAUCAUUUACAGUCAAAUACUGGCGACAGGGUUGUCCUAAUGUUAAUUACAAGUUAUAUAUAGACAAAAUGCUGUAUUUUUAGUAAUACGGUAGUUUACCAAAUGCAUUUACCAGUGUAAUACUGUAAUUUUUUCCACUAAAUUGCAGUCUGGUAAAUUACUGUAUUAUUAAAAAUACAGUAUUUUUCUGCAUUCUGAAAUAAUUCAAUUACAAUAACUGGCUGGCAACUUCUGGCGUAGCUAUAUUUUACUGUAAAUUUCACAGUGUUUUUCUGCUAUAGGCUGUCAGAUGGAAAGACGAAUGCUUCCUCUAGUUUCUAAGAUAACUUGUUUACGGCUAGAAGUCUGGAUGUGUAUGUUUUUUAACAAAGGAGUGUCAUCUAAUGUUUCUAGUGGUUUGGGUUGUAUGAGGGUUUGGAGAGCGGAGCGGUGACUCUACAAUCACUGUAGCAUGCCACUUUUUCUCUUCUGGUUACUUGAGUGUAGGGCUGUGCAAUUAAUCUCAUGCGAUUGUCAUGCGCAUCUCAUCAGUAAAGC